AUGGCGCCACGUCGCAAUCACAAUACCAACAGCAUUGUAACGCAGCAGCAAACACCGCAACAACAAUCAACCGCAAAUCAAACGUCGUCGUCAUCGUCCUCCUCAGCAUCUUUGUCAUCGGUGGUGGCAGGCGGCGGUGCGACAUCUUCACCGUUUUUGGUGGCCAAUUCUGGCACGGCGUCAUCAGCGGCAACGACGCUUUUUAAUAGCUUCUAUACGACGUCAGCACCUACGCAACUCAACGAGGAAUCUGGGAUUAGCAACAGCAUCAGCAACAACAACGGUAAUACGAAUAACGGCGCCAACAAUAUGUCACCCAUGCAAACCGCAAUAACCACCAGCAGCAACAACAACAAUAAUACAUUGACUCCUAAUCAUAACAACAGCAGCAACAACAAUAAGGGAGAUCAAUAUGUUCAUUGUUGCCAUCCUGGUGGUGAGUGCUUCAAAUCCGAUUCUCCCCUGAUCAAUUUGGAUGAUCUCGCCGAUUGUGUGAAAGUGAUUUGCAACAAUGAGAAUUGUAAUGUGGGUCAGUAUAUGCAUCGGGAGUGCUUCGAAAAUUGGGAACAGUCCGUUCUACAAUCCCUCAAGUCAAUGGGUGGUAGGGCCCGAUCAUGGUCUGAUCGUCAAAAGGCACAAAAUCUAUGGACCAAAAAAGGCUACGAUUUGGUCUAUAAGGUGUGUGGCUGCAAAUGUUCCCGAGGCCAUUUACGCAAGGAUUUGGAAUGGCAACAACAACAACAACCCCAACAGCAGUCGCAGCAACAAACAACGCAGUCGAAUAAAACUUUGGCACCUUUGCAGGUCAAUGGUCAGCAGCAGCAGCAAUCUCAACAGCAACAACAACAAAUGUCCAAUGGAGUUUCUUCCAAUGGAAAUAAUUGUGUGCUGGACCACAAAACCACCGAUAACAACCAAGUUGGUCAUCACAAUUCUUCUUCUUCUAACGUUUCAAAUUCCACAUCAUCUUCUUCAGCCACUAACAAUAGUACACCCAAUGUCGGUGUCAUUGGUUCGGGUUUGCAUCAUCAGCAACAGCAACAAAAUCCAAUACAAAACAACACCCAAUCUUCUUCGGGCCUAGCUGAGCUACCGGCCACCGUCAUGUCCUCAAUCAAUAAUCUAUUGAAUGGCUCCAAUAAUAUUUUGGGUUUGGAUUUACGCCCACGCACCAAUAGCCUCUCAUCGGCCAGCAAUAGCCACAGUGGUUCCACCUCACCCUCGGCCAUAUCCUUCUGCAGUGGUGCUGGUGAACUAACCAUGGUUCCAGCACCAACCACCAUCACCAUAUCUUCCAACGGUCUGGCGAAUGGCACCAGCGUCACCACCAAUCAAUUGGCCACAUUACAAAAUUUAAAUUUAAAUGGAUUUUAUCAACCUCAGGCCAACUUAAACAAUCAGCAGCAGCAACAACAACAUCAAACCUCAUUAAUGCAACAACAGCAGGCUCAAUCAUCUCUAACUAAAAAUAUUCUUAAUGGAUUACAAUCGUCUGCCCUGUUGGGAAAUGGUGUAGGCGGCGGUCUAGGAUCUUCUAAUCCGGCUACUACCGCUUCAGUAGUUGCAACCACAGCUUUAUUGAUUAAACAACAACAACAGCAGCAGUGCUCUUCUGCCAAUGGUCUCAAACAUUUGUCACCAUUCGAACAGCAACAAUUGCUGUUGCAACAAAAAGUCAAAGAGGUGGAAUUGUAUUCGGAGAGAGUUCG